AUGGCGUUUCCCGAAGAUAACAGCCUGUCGCUCAUCAGCAUCGCAUCGCCUUUGACAUUGACUGGAUUCAGCACAAUAGCCCUAUGCGGUCUCUUCCUCUCGCGGCUCCUCGCUCGACGGCAUGCAGAUGCAAAUGCAAAUGCAACCCCCGGCCGUCUCCAGGCCUUCCUGCUCUUCGUCUACUGCUGCUUUCUCAAGCCCCAAGGCGACCGAAGCACCCAGCAGGGGUUCCUGGAAAGCUUCUACAAAAGGCAGGCCGCUGUGUAUGACACCACCCGGGACCGCCUGCUGCAGGGCAGGACCGAGAUGCUUGCGCUGGUCGCCGCACAGCUCAAGGCGAGGCCUAAGAGCGAGCGUGUCUGGAUAGAUGUUGGGGGCGGGACGGGAUGGUGUAUAGAGGCCAUGGCGGCCUUUGUCGAUGUCCCCGAGUUCUUCUCGACUGUGUUUAUAGUCGAUCUGUCGCCGUCGCUCUGCGAGGUUGCCAGGCAGCGGGUUCGUCGUCUGGGCUGGAAGAAUGUCCAGGUGGUAUGCGAGGAUGCGAGGACGUUCUGUCCACUGCAGAAGGCGGGUCUGAUUACCAUGUCGUACAGUCUGUCCAUGAUUCCGGAUUACUAUCCUGUGAUAGACUCGCUUGUCCACCUCCUCGCCGUCGACGGGGUGAUUGGGGUCGUCGACUUCUACACGCAGUCUGGCCGCGAGUUCGGGGCGCGCAACUACACUGGCAGCCAUGCUGGACGACACGUCAACUGGUUCCUGCGCAGCUUCUGGCGGGCCUGGUUUGAGCUGGACCAUAUCUCUGUUGAUGCCGCGCGCCGGGACUAUCUGGAGUUCAAAUUCGGCACGGUCCUUACUGUCAACGCGCGCAACCAGGGCCUGGGCUGGAUCCCGUAUUAUAUCUGGCUGGGACGCAGGGAGAGCAUGCAAAGUAUAGACCAGGCACUGAGUCCCAGAGACUUGGACAUCGCGGUCCAGAACCGUGCAGCGAAACUGCCCCUGCCUGCGGCCUUCUACCAGAACCAGCCCUGGCGGGCUCACUAUCACGACCAGCUGCCCAAACACACCCAGUUCCACGACGAGUACAUCUACGCCUUCACCUGGGAAGACGCACGGCAGGACCAUACUCUACUCAACUUGCACGCAGACGACGUGGUCCUCGCAAUCACCAGCGCCGGCGACAACAUCCUCUCGUACGCCACGAAGAGCCCAGCCCGCAUCCACGCCGUCGACCUCAAUCCCGCGCAGAACCAUCUCCUCGAGCUCAAACUGGCCUGCUAUGCUGCACUGCCAUACGAGGACUUCUGGCUGCUCUUCGGCGAAGGAAAGCAUCCUAAUUUCCGCCACCUGCUGCUCAACCACCUCUCGCCGCAUCUCUCCAGCCGUGCAUUCCAGUACUGGCUGGCGCGCGUCGAUAUCUUCGAACGACACAACAUUCGAGGGCUCUACGACACAGGGGGAUCGCGGCAUGCUCUCCGUGCCCUCCGCUGGACGGCUCGUCUUCUCCGCUGCCGCACUGCAAUCCGCCAGUUUGUUGCUGCCGCGAGUCUCCCCGAGCAGGCCCACACAUGGGAAGCCCUACUCCGCCCAGCCCUGCUCUCCCCGCUCCUCUGCAAGCUGGUCGUCAGCCAGGAAUCCUUUCUCUGGAGCGCUCUCGGCGUGCCAAAGAACCAACUUGCCAUGAUUGAGGCUGACCAUAGAGCCACUUCCACCUCCCGUGGUGGGGGGUCUGGUCGCUCGCAAGCCGUCUGGCGCUACAUGAUCGAUACCCUCGACCCGGUAGCCCGGCAGACCCAUAUUGCAGAGGAUAACCCGUACUACUACGUCUGUCUAGCCGGGCAGUUCGGCCGGACGUGCCAUCCAGAGUAUCUCUCGGCCAAGUCCCACGCUCUGCUCUCGCAGCCAGGCGCACUGGACAAUCUUCGCCUCCACACGGACGAGAUCGCGGAAGUCCUCGCGCGGAUCGAACCAGCGAGUCUAACAGUUGCAGUACUCAUGGACAGCAUGGACUGGUUUGAUCCGGGGGCUGACAGUGCCACUGCGCAGGUUGUCCGGCUCAACGGUGCGAUGAAGAUGGGGGGCCGUGUAUUGCUGCGCUCUGCCGCGUUGAGACCCUGGUAUCUUGCGACGUUCACGACGCGCGGCUUUGCGGCUGAGUGUGUUGGGCAGAGGAUGGAGGGGAUCUGUAUUGACCGGGUUAACAUGUAUGCGUCUUGCUGGAUCUGCACGAAGGUGGAGUUGGCUGUAGACAACUGGACAACUAACUAG